AUGUCAGCUCCAUUAUCACAGGAGCAGGACAAAGAAGUCCUCAAAGAAUACAGUGAUGAGCGGGUCAACGUCGGCGACAGCGAGGCGGAAAUCGCUGGGGUCGCCAAAUUCCACGUUGAUGAGAAGCGCAAGCUUGGAGUUACCGGAGCAGUGUUUCUCAUUCUUAACAAGAUGAUUGGUACCGGAAUCUUCUCAACCCCUUCAAGCAUCUUUGCAGCCACCGGCUCUGUCGGUAUCUCAUUGAUGCUCUGGGUCAUCGGCGGCAUACUCACUUUUGCCGGCAUCUCGGUCUUUUUGGAGUUUGGCCUCGCCAUCCCCAGAUCUGGUGGCGAGAAGAACUACCUCGAGCGAGCGUACCGGCACCCCAGGUACCUGGCUACCUGUGUCCUCGCCGCUCAGAUGAUCCUGCUGGGCUUUUCGUCGGGCAACUCGCUCGCUUUUGGCCGCUACGUCCUCUUCGCCGCCGGCGGUCUCGGUGAGAUCACCCCGGACAACUGGCAGGCCCGUGGUAUUGCCGUGGCCUGCGUCACCUUUGCCAUCUUGAUGCACGUCGUGUUGCCCAAGUGGGGUAUCCGCUUGUUCAACGUCCUGGGCAUCUUCAAGGUCGUCAUCCUGCUACUCAUUGUUUUCUCGGGUUUCGCCGCCCUGGCUGGCCACAGACUGGUCGACGACCCGCGCAACUUUGACAACGCCUUCGCCAUCCAGUCCGGAGACGGCUACAGCGGUGGCGGCGCGUACGCAUACUCGAACGCGCUCCUCAACAUCAUCUACAGCUUCAAGGGCUGGGAGAACGCCAACUACGUCGUCGGCGAGCUGAAGAACCCACGAAAGACGCUCGCCGUCGCCAUGCCCCUUGCCGUCGGCGGCACCACCAUCCUCUACGUCCUGGCCAACGUUGCCUACUUUGCCGCCAUUCCCAAGUCGGAUCUGGCCAAGUCGGAGGUCAUUGUGGCCGGCAUCUUCUUCCGCAACGUGUUUGGGGUUCGAGCCGGCGGCACCGCUCUGCCGGCAUUUGUCGCCCUGUCCAACCUCGGCAACGUCCUGGCCGUCAGUUUCGCGCACGCCCGUUUGAAUCAGGAGUUUGGCAAAGAGGGUCUGCUGCCGUUUAGCCGCUUCUGGGCCUCGACCAAGCCCUUUGGCACCCCGGCGGCCGCUCUCUUCCUGCACUGGAUCGUGACGGUGAUUGUGCUGCUCGCGCCGCCCGCCGGUUCGGCCUACAACUUCAUCGUCAACCUGUACACGUACCCUGGCGCCUGGAUCAACGCUUUCGUCGCCGCCGGCCUCAUCUACCUGCAGUUCAGCAAGAGGGAGAACUGGUCCAGCCCCUGGCACACUUACCUGCCGAUCAGCAUCCUCUACCUCUUGGCCAACGCGUUCCUCGCCAUCGUGCCUUUCAUCCCGCCCGAGACGAGCUGGAACGAGGACGGCUACCCGUACUACGUCUUCCCCAUCGUCGGCGUCGGCGUCCUGCUCCUCGGUGCAGCUUACUGGGCCGUGUGGACCAAGCUGUGGCCCAAGCUGGGAGGCUACCGGAUCGAGGCCGAGAGGAUCAUGGACGAGGAUGGCGAGGAGGUGAUUCGGUACCGCAAGGUGCACGUAAGGUGA